CUCACAAUCUUCCUUUUUCUCUCUAAAAGCUCAAAAAAAUCUCAAACUUUCCUUAUUCUUUGAAAAUUCCCCAAAAUGAAUGACUUGAUGACCAAAUCGUUCACGAGCUAUGUCGAUCUGAAGAAGGCCGCCAUGAAAGAUAUCGACCUCGAAGCCGGUUUAGAAAUGGCAUCGUCCGCUCCCGGUGACAAUGGCGACAUGGGUCUCUUUCUCGAGGAGGCCGAGAAGGUGAAAACCGAGAUGGGUUCGAUUAGAGAGAUUUUAGUGAAGCUCCAACAAGCGAAUGAAGAGACCAAAUCGGCUCAUAAACCCGAAACCCUCAAAUCGCUUCGGAAUACGAUCAAUGUCGACAUUGUAACAGUUCUGAAAAAGGCUCGAUCCAUCCGAUCCCACCUCGAGGAAAUGGACCGUGCCAAUGCUGCCAAGAAACGUCUCUCGGGUAGUAAAGAGGGCACUGCCAUUUACAGAACACGAAUUGCGGUGACGAACGGGUUACGAAAGAAGCUAAAGGAGCUGAUGAUGGAGUUUCAGAGCUUGAGGCAGAGGAUGAUGACGGAGUAUAAGGAGACGGUAGGACGGCGAUACUUUACAGUGACGGGGGAGAAAGCGAACGAGGAGGUGAUAGAGAGGAUAAUAUCUGAUGGCGGGGAAGAGUUUUUAGGGAGGGCGAUAAAGGAGCACGGGCAAGGGGGGAAGGUGGCGGUGGCGGAGACGGUGGAGGAGAUACAGGACCGACACGGGGCGGCGAAGGAGAUAGAGAAGAGCUUGUUGGAGCUGCACCAAGUGUUCUUGGACAUGGCGGUGAUGGUGGAGGCACAAGGGGAGAAGAUGGAUAACAUAGAACAUCAUGUGAUGAAUGCUUCGCAAUAUGUUAGGGAUGGGACAAAGGAAUUGAAGAGUGCUAAGGAAUUGCAAAGGAGUAGUAGAAAAUGUAUGUGUUUGGGGAUUUUGCUAUUGCUUUUGAUUAUUUUGGUUGUUGUUGUUCCUAUUAGUGUUAGUUUUGGAAGUUCUUGAAUUGUAUUAAGAGAACGGGUUGAUUCCUAAUUUGGCUCGA